UGUACUGUGAAGUGAGGCUAGAAAUGCGAAUGCGACCACAGUUCAUGUCACUUAGUUGAAAUCAGUCAAAAAGUAAACAUGGCGGCGAUCGACGUUGAGCCACAAAAAAUGGAGACGCUGAUGCGUACUCUGAAGCUGUCUGGACACGUCGGCUUCGACAGUCUCCCUGACCAGCUGGUGAACAAGAGCGUGCAAAAUGGAUUCGUGUUCAACAUCCUGUGUAUAGGUGAGACUGGCCUGGGUAAAUCAACUCUCAUGGACUCAUUGUUCAAUACCAAUUUUGAAUCCAUUCCGAGUCCUCACAACUUGCCAACUGUCAAGUUGAAGGCACACACAUAUGAGCUGCAGGAGAGUAGUGUCAGACUGAAGCUAACAAUAUGCGACACAGUUGGCUAUGGAGACCAGGUGAACAAGGAGGACAGUUUCAAAGCAGUAGUGGACUACAUUGAUGCUCAGUUUGAGGCAUACCUUCAGGAAGAGCUGAAGAUUAAGCGAGCACUACCCACAUACCACGACAGCCGGCUCCAUGUCUGUCUUUACUUUAUUUGUCCCACAGGUCAUGGCCUCAAGUCCAUUGACUUGGUGUGCAUGAAGAAGUUGGACACGAAAGUAAACAUCAUCCCCAUCAUAGCUAAGGCCGACACCAUCUCUAAGACUGAGCUGCAGAAGUUUAAGUCUAAAAUAAUGCAAGAGCUGCAAGCGAACUCUGUGGAGAUCUACCAGUUCCCGGUGGACGACGAGUCGGUGACGGAGGUCAACAGCGUCAUGAACUCGCACAUUCCCUUCGCAGUGGUCGGGUCCACGGACUUCGUGAAGAUCGGGAACAAGACUGUCCGCGCCAGGCAGUACCCCUGGGGGACCGUGCAGGUGGAGAACGAGUCCCACUGCGACUUCGUGAAGCUGCGCGAGAUGUUGAUCCGCACCAACAUGGAGGACCUGCGCGAGAAGACGCACGCGCGACACUACGAGCUCUACCGCCGCCGCAGACUGCAGCAGAUGGGCUUCACCGACGUGGACGCCGACAACAAGCCCGUCAGUACACCCACACUGCGCACUUACAUGGCAACUGAGUCUAGAUCAGCGACCGGAACUUGUACAAGCGUUAUUGACAAUCGAAUAUCUCUAAAGAAAAUCCCUCAACAAUUCGUUCAGUGUUAGCGCUUAUACGAAUGC